AUGAGUACUCAAACUAUUCCAAGUGCACCAAGCUCUCGAUCAGCUGAGGCAACAUUGCCCGAAGCAGUAUCAUUUGAAAAUGAAUUUUCUCUUCAAUCCAAAUUUGGCCCAAUUGGAAGCGAUUUCGUAGAGAGGGAGAGUGAUGAUGACAAUAGGUUUACAAGUACCCACGUUGUUAGGGCAAAGAGUAUCUUUGCCACAAGCCCCAUUAACCGAGAGAAAGAUGAUAAUGAUAAUGAUAAUGAUGAUAAUGAUGAUGAUGAAGAGUUCUACCUGUUGGACCCAAAUCAAAUAGAGUUUGAUACACUGAUAUUUUGCAACGCAAUUGAGAAAGGGAGAGACAUAGACCCCCAGUCCUUAGAUCUAUCAUUAGGUAUAUUGGCUCGUGAACACCUUGAAUUUGUAUUUGCAUUUGAGGCCAAUUUGAAUCAAAAGGAGGAGAGGUCAAAAAAGGAAUCACUCAUGUUUGACUCUUUUCAUGAAGAUGGUGAGUUGGAAGUUGGUCCCCUUCCAGCUGUCAAUUUCGAUCUCCAGGAUCUUGUAAUUGAAACAUUAAACCUGAGAAUUCAGUAUUUAUCGGUUGAAAGUGAAAGUUACAACCUUUUGAUUGAGGUGCAGAAACGAGAAAUAUCGGAUUUGAAAGAUAAAGUGACGGCUCUUGGUGGUAACAUUCUUGCACCAAUUUUGGAUGAGUUGUCGUCAGAAGAUAGUGAAUAA